AUGGUAAGUCGUAACCGACUCUGGAUUGCCACAAAUCACUGCGGACUCAUCUGCAACAAAACUGAGCGCAUCAAUUGCCCGGCCGAACCGAAUAGUUUGACCUCCGCGUCUUCUUCAUUCGGCCAAUUCAACGCCUUCAUCUCAGAAGAUUCCCAUCUUCUGCACGCUGUGCCCACGUCACGACAGUCUACCAACGUCCUCUCGGCUCGAGCCUCACAGACGCUUCCAGUUUCUACACCCUUUUUGCAGACAAAUCAGACUCCAGACCUCCUGAGAGGCACCACAGUCUCAGAACUUUGUGGUAGAGAUCGGGCAGUCCUGCCGAGGGGUACAACUUGCUCAGGUCCCGGGGGCGAAUGUGAAUCUAGCUGCUGGGGACCCACGGGCUCGAACAACUCCUCUCUGGCUCAAGGGCUCGUCGACCACCGGCUGGAAUCCACGAUGGCGGGUAGGGUGAGUAGCCGGGCAUUUGUACCCUCUCUCAGCCUCAUUCGGACCUGA